GGGCGGGCGCGCGGGCGCGCGGGCCCGCGCAGGCGGCGGCGGCGGAACCGAGCAGACGGGCGUGCGGCCUCGGCGCCGCCAACUCGUGUCGGUCGCACCGCUCUAGCCGCCCGCGGGCCCGCGCACCGGUCCCCCCCGCGGCAGCCGAGCCCGCCCGCGCGCCGCUCGUGCCCUUGUGAGGCUGGCAUGCAGGAUGGCAGGACAGCCCGGCCACAUGCCCCACGGAGGGAGUUCCAACAACCUCUGCCACACUCUGGGGCCUGCGCACCCUCCUGACCCACAGAGGCACCCCAACACCCUGUCUUUCCGCUGCUCGCUGGCGGACUUCCAGAUCGAAAAGAAGAUAGGCCGAGGACAGUUCAGCGAGGUGUACAAGGCCACCUGCCUGCUGGACAGGAAGACGGUGGCUCUGAAGAAGGUGCAGAUCUUUGAGAUGAUGGACGCCAAGGCGAGGCAGGACUGCGUCAAGGAGAUCGGCCUCUUGAAGCAACUGAACCACCCCAAUAUCAUCAAGUAUUUGGACUCGUUUAUCGAAGACAACGAGCUGAACAUUGUGCUGGAGUUGGCCGACGCGGGGGACCUCUCACAGAUGAUCAAGUACUUUAAGAAGCAGAAGCGGCUCAUCCCAGAGAGGACAGUGUGGAAGUACUUUGUGCAGCUGUGCAGCGCUGUGGAGCACAUGCAUUCACGCCGGGUGAUGCACCGAGACAUCAAGCCUGCCAACGUGUUCAUCACAGCCACAGGCGUCGUGAAGCUCGGUGACCUUGGUCUGGGCCGCUUCUUCAGCUCUGAGACCACCGCAGCCCACUCCCUAGUGGGGACACCCUACUACAUGUCACCGGAGAGGAUCCAUGAGAACGGCUACAACUUCAAGUCCGACAUCUGGUCCCUGGGCUGUCUGCUGUACGAGAUGGCAGCCCUCCAGAGCCCCUUCUACGGAGAUAAGAUGAAUCUCUUCUCCCUGUGCCAGAAGAUCGAGCAGUGUGACUACCCCCCGCUCCCCGGGGAGCACUACUCUGAGAAGUUACGAGAACUGGUCAGCAUGUGCAUCUACCCUGACCCCGACCAGAGACCUGACAUCGGCUACGUGCACCAGGUGGCCAAGCAGAUGCACGUCUGGACGUCCAGCACCUGAGCGUGGAUGCACCGUGCCUUAUCAAAGCCAGCACCACUUUGCCUUACUUGAGUCGUCUUCUCUUCGAGUGGCCACCUGGUAGCCUAGAACAGCUAAGACCACAGGGUUCAGCAGGUUCCCCAAAAGGCUGCCCAGCCUUACAGCAGAUGCUGAAGGCAGAGCAGCUGAGGGAGGGGCGCUGGCCACACAUCACUGACAGUCAAAUUCAAAAGUCCUUUCUUUAUACUGUUGUGGACAAUCUCAGCUGGGUUAACAAGGGCAGGUGGUUCAGCGAGCCACAGCAGCCCCCUGUAUCUGGAUUGUAAUGUGAAUCUUUAGGGUAAUUCCUCCAGUGACCUGUCAAGGCUUAUGCUAACAGGAGACUUGCAGGAGACCGUGUGAUUUGUGUAGUGAGCCUUUGAAAAUGGUUAGUACCAAGUUCAGUUUAGUUCUUAGUAUCUUUUCAAUCAAGCUGUGUGCUUAAUUUACUCUGUCGUAAAGGGAUAAAGUGGAAAUCAUUUUUUUCCAUGGAGUGGAGAUUCUGCUAAUAUUUUUAUCUCUGUUUUAUAACUUGGUGAGUAACGAUGAGAGCCCUGCACCUGGCCAGAGCAUCACAGGCAAAUGGCAUCGGGAAGCAGGAGCAUCUUCCUGGCAACCAGGCUGGGCCAUCUUCUCCUGGACACCUGCUGUGUACCAGGCAUUUCAUCACCUCCUUGAAUGCUGGCGGUUCAUUUCACGAUCAGUGUUAAGCAUUUUCCUCCAUGGGAAGGAUGGGAUGUAAAAAAGCUAAGGGCUAUCCUUUACAAAUUCUGGUUCUGCAACUUCCUAGCGUGAAUUUGGGCUUGGGCAACUUUCUUAGCCGUUCUGAGCCUUAGUUUCCUCGUCUGUACAAUGAGAUCAAUAGUACCUAUCUAUCUACCUUCAGGAUUGCUGACAGAAUUUGAAAUAAAAUAUGCAAGUUAGCUAGUACAAAGUAGAUGAUCCAAAAAUGGCAGCCACUCACCCUUCACAGACUGAAGUCCAUGGGCCAUGGAAGCCAAGAAUUAAUGUACACCUGUAUCAUGUGUAGGAAACCAAAAAGGUGUUCCUUAUUUCUUGUUCCCAAACAGGAUUAACUGUGAAGACGACUUUAUAAAUGUGAACCUAAGAAAACUCCAGCUCUGAAGGAAAUCAUUAGAAUUUUGUUUUUGUACGUAAAGUUAACCUUCCAGUGGUCUGAGCUGUCGUCACUGACUUGAUGACAGUCUGGCCCUCCAGACAAGAGCAGUGCUGGCAUCGGGCGGGUGAUUCCUGACACCUGCUGCCUGCAGGCAUUCGCUGACCGGGCUCUUCCUGGAGGAAACUCCCAGGGCCAGACGGCUGCUGCUUCCGCGUGUGGACUCGGAUCUGCUGUAACACCGUCUGCCCGACAGUCUCUCCACAUGCAGCCUUUCCUCUGUACUUUUUCUCCAUGGUCCAAAUAAAACAGGGUGACUGGGAGUUACUUAUAAUUCAUGAAGAUUUUUAAAUGGCUUUGGAGAUUUUGCUUUUACACCAGUAGAUCCAAAACUUAAAACAGUGUCUGCAGCACAAUUUCUUGAGGAACCUCGAAAAACACAACUUCCCAGGCCCCAUUCAGUAAUCCCAGGAUUUCUUUAAGCUCCCCAAGUAAUUUUGAUACUCAUUAGCCAAGUUUCUGCCCUCAUGAGGUAAUUCCAUUGUUCUCCCCGGCCUGCUCCUGGCAGCUGUAACAUAGGAGCUGGCCUGAGCAGAUUCACCCUGGAAUGUUCUCUCCAAGGGAGGAUCAAGUCUGUGUCGCCUGCCUAGUGCUUACCACUGAAGGUUUUUCUGAUUCCAGACAAACUUUUUGCCAGUAUUCUGCUGCCAGCUCUCUGAGCCCCUAUCGUGCCUCCCCAACACUGCCAGCCCCAGCAUGCAAUGAACCUACUUUGUGCAUGCCACCGGCUUUCCACACCAUGAGAACAAUCUGCCCAACUGGACCCUCUGGAGGUGCACGAUCUCAGCCACUCACCAGGUCUGAGUGUUUGUGAAAUGAUCAUGGUCCUACUUACUUCAAAACAGUAACCCCAAAACAUUCCUUUUAUUUCUGUGAAACCGGCCAAAGUGAGGUCCACCCACCUUCACGCAGCUCUGGCGGUGCACCUGCCCACGUUCUCUUGGUACGCAGAACUGAGCUGGGCUUGAGAACUCAAGAGGUUUGGCUUUGCCAUUUCUUUCCUACUUGCUGCUGAGGUGGAAGCUGUGCUGCACUUAUCACCCCAUUUCAAAACCAAACCAAACCAGAGGCCACCCCGAAUGGAGUCAGCCAGCAAAAGGGACAGGUAUCGAUGUUCACCUGAAGCCUCAAGGGAGUCCACUCUGACUUCUGACAGCAGAGGGGUGCAUGGCUCCUACGCUCUCCUGAGCCAGUGCUCAAGGAGGAUCAGCACCCUGAAGGGCCAGGUCAAUGGCCUUAGCAGCCCCAGACUGCCCCCUAAAACACCACACGGUGCCCAGACCUCAGCUGCCCAAUUUGGUUUUUGUUUUUUAUUGAGUUUCAUUCAGCAAACACUAGCCACGUGAAUCUUACUGGGCCUCCAGUGCCCACCAUCUUCCAGAACCACAGCCAGCCACCCACUGACGCCAUUCAGGAAGUGUCCAUCGUUUGGACUGUUUCUUCCAGCACCUCAAUUUCCAGAGGAGUGAUUUUCUCAGUGAGGACUGCAGUGGUUCCUUUCUCACACCUGUACCGGCCAAGCCUAGUGAGAGAAAAACAAAAGCACAGAGUUAGGAUUCCCCUCAAGGUGUCAGAGGGCAGGAGACAGUGAAAAUAAAUAUUCAGGUGAGGCAGUGAGCAGGGUGGACUGGAAUCCUGGCUCUCCCGAUCCCAGCUCUGUGAUCCUGGGGGAUUCAACUUCCUCAGUUCCUCAGUUCUCAAGUGCUGCAAAAUGGGGGUGCCUGGGAGGCACAGAGCGUCAUCAGUGAACACGGCACCUGGCCCUUGGUGGACACGUGACUCUCCCCGACCCCACCAUCCCCAGCAAGUGCUGGGAAGCACUUGGUCCCUUGACAUCAAUCUUCAACCUCCCUACAGUACCUUUCAGUGACAGCAGGAAGCAAAUCCCAUCAUUACACAAGAGAAGGGCAUGACUGCUCUUCUGUGCAGCAACAAGAAUGACUUAACUGUUACCUCAGACACUGUACAAACAUCUGGAAGCAUAAACAAGUGUAAAAAUAUGAGCAGCCAGACUCUGGGCUUGUCAUUUCAGACCACUCUCAAGACUCAAGAAAAGUUAACUGUGCCCUUCAGGGACACAGUGGCUCCCCACUAGGACACACCCAACACCUUCCUGGAGUGAAUCUGGCAGAGGUUUCUUUGAGCACCAGACAGUCUAGAAGAUACAUACUUGGGCUGUUAAUUCUCACAGGAAUUAGGUCAGGAAUUAGGAUACUGUCAAAUGGCAGCACACAACCAACUGUCCCUGGGCUCUAGCUCCAGCUGGGGUAAUACCUCUGUCAAACUUACUGUCCUUCAGGAACUACCAGAAGGAUGCUGGCUGUGCCAUGACCUUGUGCUCCAGGAACACCCAUCCUCUCCCCUGGGCACAUGGGCUAAAAGAGGGAGCAGGAAGCAGAACAAGGAGAGCAACUUCCACAGUUCUGCAUCCAGGUCAGGAGCAUGGUCAGCCGAGUGGCCUGCCUUUAUUCUGCCAAGCCUCCCCCGACCCUCACUCUCUUAAAGGAUCCAAGCAAAAGUACCUUUUAACCAUGUGUCCCCACCCCAUCAGUUUGAGGAUGGCUCUCAUUCCUCACACGCUGGAACCUUGGUGGCAGCGUGCAGUCUUGGAGCCAAAGUCCCACGUGACCUCUCUGUGUCUGAUGACUCUGGACCAUCCCUCAGUGUCUCCAGGAGGCUUGGACACCUCCUCACCACUGUGGUGAUGGUGCCCGAUUUCGGCAGCAUGCAUUCAGUGCUUCCACCUUACGUGCCAGUGGACUGCAAGACUGCACGUUGGAGGGCUGCGAGCAGAGGAGGCAGCAGGGACUUGCCAGGCAAGGCCCACACUGGCGCAGGGCAUGGGACGCUUGCUCAGGCCUAUGGCCCUGCCCGCACCCUAGCAUCCACCCUGGGAAGGGCUCCCCUAACUCAGGCAGUGCCUCCAUCUUCAGUCACUGGCAGAGAAGACAACAGGGAGGUUCCAGGUAGCCUGGACACUUGCCCUUGGCCUCAGGACACCGAUGGGGAGUGGGCCCCGUGCAGGUUACUGCACACCCACCAUGCACCCAGCACCUUCUGGGCCGCCUCGCUGAUUCUUCACAAGCAGCCACAAGGCGGUUUUCUUUCUGUUCUUGGGUGUUUAGAGCCUCUGUUUACAAGCGGAGCAGCCCACGUCCCAGAAGUAGGAUGCGCUGCUGCUGCACUCCCUGUGGAUGAAGACUCCUGCGCUAAGCACAGGUUCCCUAGGCAACCACAAAUACCACUUCUCACUACCCCAAACGUGGUUUUCAGAGUCCUUGCCCAGGACCCUGUCCAGCCUGAAUGGUGUAACCAUUCCCUACCCCAUCACCGCUUCAUCGUGGACUUGCUUAAAUUACGCAGCAUCUUGCAAAUAACUAGCAAAGCAGGCUACAUGGAGUACUUGGGUCCUGCCUACCCGGAGCUCGGCAAAGCCUGGUUCCCCAACACAGCUCUGGGCCUGAAAGGUAGCUUGCCUUCCUGCUAAAGGCCCAAGGGACUUCAUGGUCUCAUCAGAGGUCAUCUGGUUGAGCUCCAUUUCCCAGACAGACUGAUUUGCUGGAAGCCACCAAGCCAGCCACCAACACUCUCCAACCCCAGUGCCAGAGCUCUCUGGCGCCGUGCUGCCCCACCCCAUCAAGAGCCCACUGAGCUUCCACAAGAUUGAGUGCAGCCCACAGUGAAUAUCUGCUGGUUCUGAACGUUCCAUUCUUUCCUUGUGAAUUACUCCUGAUACGGAGUUGUGUGUGCAGUGGGAGAUGAAAGCCAGCUUGCAGAAGGUGAUGCUCGCUUCCUCUGCGCUAGCUGUGGGGCUGGGUGGGAGCCGUAGUUUAUAAAUGCCCUGUGCUGCACCCAGAUGCUACAGCUGGAAGCAGCACUCAGGGAUCCCAUCCUGAGCUGCUCGGGCUCCCAGAAGAGGUCAGGAGCCACAGGACGGUCAAGCAGCUGGACAAUGAUGAGACACUGCAAAUGAGCUGCUCCUCUGACACAUGCCAGCCUCUAGGUUUGGAAACCUUCCAGUUCUGCUCAGCAAAUCAACUACAACUUUCUCCCACUGCUCUGAGUCUGGGCUGCACCACUGAGCUGAGGGGCCCACUCGGCGUGUAGGACAGGCUAAAUGGCACGACUCCCUGUAGCAUAGCAGACACACAUUAGCUCCCAAGGCCACCUCUGGGAGGCUGUUAGCAUUGCUGACGUACACCCAGUUAGGAAUCUCGGGGCACUCUGAGAGAAAGUGCUGGGGCUGCUCUGAAAAAUGCACCUUCUCACAGAAAUCAGGGGAUUCUUUAAGACACUUGAGAAAGGACAGCAGAUGAUCCAAACCGCUCCACCCCACCUCCCAGCCUAGGGCUCUUUCCUGGGCCACCCUCCACCUCUCGCAUCAAAUUAAAUCACUUUCCUACACCUGACAGCAGCCCACUGUCAUAAAGCAAGUAACGAGCUGAAGGUCUGUGCGGGAGGCUGAUUUGGGAACACUGGAUGUACUUAAUGUGGAAAGAACGAGGAAAACUCCAUCCAUCCAGAUGCCAUGGAGAUACCAAGGGUGGCACGAUGCCAGGGGACCCAGGAAGAACUUCGUCUCCUUCACUCACCUGGUCCCCUUCUUGUUGGGCACCGUGUACGGGCGGAGAAAAUCCAGCUUGCUCUUACUGAUGACGCAAAGGUCGAUGUUGCUUCCGGAGCCCAGGUCGUUGAAGAUGCCGGCUGCGAUGGCUUCGCUCACCAGCUUCUUGGCUUCCUCCUCCUGAGAAAGAGAACGGCAGCAAUAACGUCCAUGGCCAAACCAGGGCCUGCUCUGACAUCCGCAAUGUGCUUCCACUACCAGUUCGCAAGACCUUCUGAGAGACAGGUGUUGUUUAUAAUGCCCAUGUCACAGAUGAGGAAAAGAUCUCAAAGUACCUCGAUGAUUUGCCCAAAGUUCCCGACUCGGGCCUUUAAAACUCUUUAUGCAUGCACCACCUCUUGACCACAUCGGACACUCACCACGAAACGAUGGGCUGACUGUUACUAGAGGGUUAGUAACUUACCUUGAAAAGGGCCAGGUAGUAAAUAUUUUAGGUUUUGUGGCCAAAAGUCUCUACCACACCUACUCAACUCUGUCAUGCUAGCACAAAACAGCCACACACAAAUACAUAAACAAAUGGGUACAACUGUGUUCCAAUAAAACUCUAUUAGCAACAGGCAGUGGGCCAGAUCUGGCCCAUGGACUGCAGUUCACUAACUAACCCCUGAUCAAGAAUGUCCAACAAUAGCUGAAAGUUACUGACUGAUAACAUAAUGGAGAAAGUCAGCACUGUAGGGGAAGAAACUGACACCAAAACAACAGUAGUUCUGGGGAAAUGCUGGCAGACCAAGGGCGGGACAUCUUGCCCAGAAGAAUCUGUCUCUCCUACUAAGGCUGUAGCCUACAGGUUCACUGAAGUAAUUCAUUACUUUGAAUCACUCUCCUUUGACCCACCCUUAAGCACAAAUCCCCAUCCCCAAUAGUUACUGGUGAACAGAUGGAUUCAUCCCUUUCUUAUCCAAGAAGGCCCAUCACAUGCUAUGUCCUAGACCAGGAGCUAGGGCUGCAGAGGUGGAUGACGCCCCCAAAUACCUGCCCUCUAGGGGCUCAGAGUCCAGCGGGGGCUCCUGACCCAAGUAAGAACAAUGCAGGGUGAGGCUGGCUACAGAGCAUGUGAAAAGGAGCUGGGAACAUGGCUGGCCAGCAGAGCUUCAGGGAGGGCUGAAGGACAGGCUGCACACGAGGCACUCAGAAAACAGCAGUGAAACACAAGGCAGACAGCAAAGGCAACGGUACCGGACCUGGGGAACGCCAAGUUCAAGCUCUAUAUACAACGAGGACAAAAAUGAACCAGGCUCCCUGAAAGCCGGGAAUCUAACCUGUGCUAUGGCGCCUUCCCAAUCCACGAGGGCGUGAGAGUACAUACACGUGCAAGUGCACUCCAGCGCUCAUCCAAGUAACACCCUUGGACAAACAGACUCCAGGCCCAAAUUCCAGCCUGAGACCCUCAAAGGGCAGAUCUGCUAACCUCAAGUUUACAGAAGAUCUGAACCCAUUCAGGCCUCCUGCUCCUCUGCCUGCCCCAUGCCAGACUAGGAUUCCAGUGACAUAAGCGCACUCUACAGACUCAGAAGGACAGAGAAGGUUCUGCUGGAAGUGGGCUCCUCAGCAAACCAGCAGACAGCAGUUCCUUUGAUUUCAUACCCCAGGUUUUUUCACUCUCAUGUGACAUCUAUGUGGGGCCAAUUAAGCUGAUUCUUCUUUUGUACAUACAUAGUCCUGUAAGAAUACAUUCAAACAGGAUUAGGAAUUUUCUCCUAGAAUUCUCAACAGUCUAUGGGGCCAGAAGCUUUCCACAAACCAGUGAAGGUGGUAGCAAAGAAAGCCUCUUAGAUAAGGAGCUGGCGGCAGCUGCUAUCUAGACAGCAAAAACCAACCACUAAUUCAGCAAACGCAACCUCAUUCCAAACCGCUUCUCUUUAAAUGGCCUUAGGUGUGUGUGCAUAUGGGCACGUGCGGGCAGAACCAUACUUAUUCCCUGUUCCUGGCCUACCACCUCUGCUCCCCCUUCUCUUCUCUACCAUUUAACUAUUUCCUCUGCUUUGUUUCUCGUCACUGUUGCUGGCGUCCCCAGCCAGCCAACAGUACCUGGCAGACAUUGCAAUCCAUGGGCACACUUAGGACUACACAUUUGCAUUUCCCAAAUGAUCUGGGUAGAUGGGGACAGGUGAAGAGAAGACUUGGGGGAAACAGAAAUAUACACAUGACAUGAGACAUGCAUAUCUAGUGUCAAUUGAUUCGACUGGACACAGGACACCAGACUGCUGACAGUGCUAUGUAAGAUUACGAGUGAUCCUCCCUCUAUUUUGCAAACAGUCUAUAAUGGAACUGAUAAGACUUUAAAAUGCGCAAAUUUUAAAAUGAUAUAGUUUGAUUUACUCAUAAAACGAUCAUGUAUGCUGUUAUUUAAGUAUAAAUAAAGGCUUUUUUAAAUUGGG